AGCGGUCUUUGGCCUCCGCCGCGACCCGGCCGAGAUGGACGAGCUGAGCCCGAGGGAACGAGAACUUCUGAAGAUCCGGCGGGACAGCGACAGCAAGGCGGCGCAACUGCUCAAGAUGGAGAAACUCAUGCAGCAGACCAAAGACCUGUUGGACAAGCGUAGCGAGCCUGACAAGGUCCAAGAAAACAUGGUGGAGGACCUGGAGGAGAAGGUGCGCUCCAGUCGGCGUCACCGGCGGAAUUCGCUCCACCACACGCAGAUGCUGGAGAGUCAAAUGAAGACGGUGAAGGGCGAGCUGGAGGGAACGCUGGACCACCUCCAAGAACUGCGCAACGUCCUGCGCCGCUCGCAGCAGAAAGCCGAGGAGCGCAAGGCCGCUAUGGAGAAGCUGGCCGCCGGACUAAUGUGAACGCCCGCGCCCGAGACCCAGACCCAGACCUAGACCCGAACCAACAUCAAGAUCGAGUCUUCUUCUUCUUCUUCUUCUUCUUCUUCUUCUUAAUGCAAAACAAUACAAUGGACUAGACUAAAUGAAACUACUCCAGACUAGAUGACAUUAUACUAGAAUAGACUAGAUUGCACCAGACUAGAUUAGUGUGUCAGAUGAGGCUCAUCUAGAAUAGACUAGAUUAGACUUCACUAGACUAGCCAAGACUAGAUUGAACAACAAUAGACUAGACAAGAUUUGACUAGACUAGUCUUGACAUUAUACUCGAAUAGAACAGACUGUGCUAGACAAAUACAGUGUGGUUAGGCUAGUCUUAAAUAGAUUACCCGAGAGUAGACUACAUUAUGAGAGACUACACUAGACUAGAUUAACCUGGUCUUGACUGAACUAUAUUGUACUAGAAUAGAAUCGACUGUCCUGGGUUGGAUUAGUGUGGUUAGACUAGGCUCGAAUGAAAUAGACUAGGUUAGACUAAUGUAGUUUGACUAAAUUACAUCAUACUAGAAUAGAAUAGGGCGACACGGUGGACACCUGGUUAGCACAUCUGCCUCACAGUUGUGAGGUUGCAGGUUCAAAUCCUGUGUGGCGUUUGCAUGUUCUCCCCGUGCCUGCGCGGCUUUUCUCCGGGUACUCGGCUUCCCCCCCACAUCCCAAAAACACGCGUGCUCGGUUCAUUGACGACUCUGCGAUGCCCGUUAGUGUGAACAUGAGUGCGAAUGGUGGUUUGUUUCUAUGUACCCAGCGAUUGGCUGGCGACCGGUUCGGGGUUCACCCCGCCUCUUGCCUGCAGUUAGCUGGGAUAGGCGCCAGCACGCCCACCACCCGCGAGAGGAGAAGCGGUACGGAAGAUGGAUGGAUGCAUAGAAUGGAAUACACUGUUCUAGACUAGAUUAGUGUUGUUAGACUAGGUUUGAGUAGACUAGAUUAGAUUAUUCUAGGCUGGACUCAAUUAGACUAGAUUGAACUGGUUUAACAUUAUACUAGAAUAGAGUCUACGAGACUAGACUAGA